AGAGCCGGCCUCGACCCCGAGCUCCGAGACCCGCGGGCAGAGCACGCCGCCGACCCCACCCAUCCGGGCCGAGGAGACCGCGGCAAUGGCCGAGACGGAGGAGCGGAGCCUAGACAACUUCUUUGCCAAGAGGGACAAGAAAAAGAAGAAGGAGCGGAGCAGCCGGGCGGCGAGCUCCGCGGGCGCAGCAGGGAGCGCCGGCGGGAGCAGCGGAGCCGCGGGCGCGGCGGGCGGCGCGGCGGGCGCGGGGCCCCGGUCGGGAGACGGCGGGACCGGGAGCGCGGGGGCCGCGAGCGCUGGGGCCGCGGGCCCAGGGGCGGCCACCAAGGCUGUGACGAAGGAAGAAGAUGAAUGGAAAGAAUUUGAGCAAAAAGAGGUUGAUUACAGUGGCCUCAGAGUUCAGGCAAUGCAAAUAAGUGAAAAAGAAGAAGAUGAUAAUGAAAAGAGAGAAGAUCCAGGUGAUAAUUGGGAAGAAGGUGGAGGAGGUGGUGGUGGUAUAGAGAAAUCUUCAGGUCCCUGGAAUAAAACAGCUCCGGUUCAGGCACCUCCUGCUCCAGUAAUUGUUACAGAAACCCCAGAACCGGCAAUGACUAGUGGUGUGUAUAGGCCUCCUGGGGCCAGGUUAACCACAACAAGAAAAACACCACAAGGACCACCAGAAAUAUACAGCGAUACGCAGUUCCCGUCCCUGCAGUCAACUGCCAAGCAUGUAGAAAGCCGGAAGGAUAAAGAAAUGGAGAAGAGCUUUGAAGUAGUAAGACACAAAAAUAGAGGUAGGGAUGAGGUUUCGAAAAACCAGGCACUUAAACUUCAGCUAGACAACCAGUAUGCUGUGCUUGAAAAUCAGAAAAGCAGCCACACACAGUACAAUUAAGGAAUGGUCUUUGCUAACCCUUCUAAGGUGUCUAGACCACAGAUCACUACCAUGAACAGCCAUUCAUCAUCUGAUCUCUGCUGGAUCCACAGCACCUGAUGCAGACCACUUGAUUUAAGUGACCAGCCCUGUUGCACUAUGGAAGUUUAAAGUGUCAGAACUGCUCUUUAUGUAUAUUGGAUUUAGGGGAAUUUUCAUUGUUAUAUAAAUGUGUGAACUAGAUUGUUCCACAGUGUUCUUUCAUAAUUACUCUGCAAAUACAAAAAAACAAAACCUGCAGCCAGUGGUCAUUUCAAAAUCUUUUUAUGUUCAGAUACUGAGCCUUCGUAAGGGUUGACUACCUCAGAUUUGCUGCACUCAUUGUGGACUUCAUGUGGAUCACAACUUCUGGAUAGAAGAAAGUUACAGCUGUUAGUUGAUGUGAACCUUGAAACCAGCUCUACUGGAUUCCUAACAGAAAUCCUGCAGAAAGUCAGCCAUCUGGGUUCUGAUCUGCUGUAAAAGAUGAAGAUUUAAGUGACCUUAAUUAACCUGUCCUGUGCCCCACCCUUGAGGAAUACUCUCUGUAGUAGGCUGUGGCUGUAUUAGACUUCCAGGAACACACCAGUCUCAAAAGAACUGAUGUGUUCAGAUCAUCUGUGUAGGGCUGUGAUUUGUAAUUUAAACUUUUAGUUGUGUUCUGAGGUAACCACAAAUUAUAUUCAACCAAACUUGGGUCCACCGAGUGGGAAAAGGGGUGGGGAAGAGAAUAAUCUUGUUUCUCUUAGGAAUUUUUUAUUUGGAUAGUGCUUUUACUUUGUUCCACAUUAAGGCCUUUUUUGCUUUGACUUGAAAUAAGUUCUUUGACAGAGCAUAUUGCUUGGUUAAGUAACCUGAAGUAUGCAUUAGAAUUGUGAACUGUCUUGUGAAUUUGCCAAUCCUGAGAGUAGAACCAAAUAGCCUUUGAUGUAAAGGGCAGUGGAUGCCAGAGGCUCUACUUCAGGUGCUGCUAAAGCCUCCUCUAAUCAGGUUGUGAUUAGUAAACUAUAGAGGGAAAGCGUGGUUUCCGCUCAGGCUAAGGGAUUCACUGACCUGUCCUUAUAAAUUCAAAGCAACGUAAGCAAAACCUCAGCUACGACCCAUGUAAGUUAAAGGGAUUGUGCAUGAUCUUUGAUAAGAAUUCCAUAUAUACUGUGUCCAAUUUUUGUUUUUGUUUUUUUUGCCCCUACAAGUGUGAUGUGCCCAAAUUUUUAAGGUAUUGGACAUUCUGUACAUGCAACGAUUGUCCCAGCUAGCUCUGUUAAUCAAUCUAUCGGUGUGUCUUUAUGUUGUUCAUUUGGAGUCAAGGUGAAAGGUGAUACAGCACUUCAUUUUUGAUAAUUACAGCUAAGCUGUCUAAUAGUUGUAGUCCUAAAAAGGGACUUGAAGCUACCAGGAUUAUAGAGAAAAGUUUCUUUCCACCUAAUGAGUUAGUCUGGCAGUUUCCUAGUUUUAAAAGUCUUGGAAGACAAAUAACUUCAGAAGAAAUAACUUCAUUCAGAGUGGUUAUGUGACGAUUUGAUGCAGUCUGGGCUGCUUCUCUAUGAUAAAUCCUUUUGCCAAAUGCAGGAGUUGCAGACGUGGUACUUGCAAGAGUGAAACAAAUGGGUGAGUCAAACUAUCCUGAUGGGGCAUUUUCCCGUAGGAGUUCCAUCUUGAUGAAAAGUGUCAGGGCAGGAAUUGGACUUCUGAGAGGGUUACAGUAUCUCCUGACAGGACCUGUCAGCCUGUCAGUAUUUGGGCAAUAAUGUUGGCAUUAUUUGAGGUGGCAGACAAGAUGCCUUCCUUCCAGUGUAUUUGGGAGAGUAACUGAGCCAGCCAAGGGGAGUUUGGAUGAUUAAACAAGAAAUGGGAUUCUUGGUUAAAAUGAAGAAUUCAAAAGCAUUAGCCCAUAAUCCCUUGGACCUUGAACCACAUGUUUUCCCUGAAAAGUAUGCAUUUUUUUCCAGCAAAAUUUCUUUGAGGGUUAUAUUAUUGAGGAAUGAACUGAGAGGAAUACAUGGAGGUGUUACCUGACGGCAUGCUGUACUAGAAACCUGGAGACCUGCAGCAGACUUAAAUUCCAACUCUUGGUAUAACUUUUUAAAAGAUUGUGAAAAUAUCAAAAUGUACAUGAAUCAAGUUUUAACAUACUGUGUGAUGGGUGGGUGAGGCUGUCCAUUGUACCAUUUCUUUCUUUGAAUUCUCAGGCAUGGUUUGGCAGUGCAAGAACUCUGUAACAUUAACAAAUUCAAUAAAAAAUAAAUAUAUGGA